GGUGAGAGGGCGAGGGCGAGGAAGAGGGGGACGAGGUCACCCCAGGGCAAAUCGCACCGAUAUGCUCCAGGGACCCCAACCUCAACUUCCACAAUCACCAACUCGGACUCAGACAGAGCAGCCAACCCUCCAUCUGACCCGCUGCACCGGCAACAUAUAUGGGCUCAUCACCCAGGACACCUCAGCCACGGCUGGCCGCGACUGAGGCAACCAAAGAGACUCUGGGACAGCUAAAAACCAGUUUAUCCAUAGAUAGAUUUCUCUCCCCCCAUUAUUCUUAGCACUAUCUUGAUCGCUAUGUACUCCCAUCCACCCACAAAUCAUUUUCAUGAGUGAACCAAAUGCAACUCCACUUCCAGCUAUGUACUCCCAUCCACCCACAAAUCAUUUUCAUGAGUGAACCAAAAUUGCAACUCCACUUCCAGUCAAAUAAUAUUUCAUUACCUUUUUUCCUCUUCAAAAAGACAGCCACGGGAUGGCAACAGCGCCUUCACACUGAUACGCUAGGGAGCAGAAGACCCAUCCACUC